CCGCUGACUCCUAACUUUGAAGAUGCUGGAGUCGUACGUAACUCCAAUUUUAAUGAGCUAUGUGAAUCGCUAUAUCAAGAACUUGAAGCCUUCGGAUCUCCAGCUUUCACUAUGGGGUGGGGACGUGGUUCUCAGCAAACUCGAAUUAAAGUUAGAUGUUCUGGAACAGGAACUAAAGUUACCAUUCACAUUUUUAAGUGGCCAUAUUCAUGAGCUGAGGAUUCAUGUACCAUGGACAAAACUGGGCUCCGAGCCUGUGGUCAUUACGAUCAAUACAAUGGAAUGCAUCUUGAAACUUAAAGAUGGAAUCCAGGAUGAGCAUGAAAGCUGUGGUUCCAACUCUACCAACCGAAGUCCUGCUGAAAACACAAAAUCAUCCGUCAAACCCGGAAGAAUUCAGCAGACUGCUCCUACAGACCCUGAUUUGCCACCAGGAUACGUGCAGAGUCUGAUUAGACGAGUUGUAAAUAAUGUAAACAUUGUUAUAAAUAAUCUAAUACUGAAAUAUGUUGAAGAUGAUAUCGUCCUUUCUGUCAACAUCACUUCUGCUGAAUGCUAUACUGUGGAUGAAUUAUGGGACCGUGCAUUCAUGGAUAUUUCUGCAACUGAUCUGGUGCUGAGGAAGGUUAUCAAUUUUUCUGACUGUACAGUUGGUCUUGAUAAAAGAAAUGCCAGUGGUAAAAUCGAAUUUUACCAGGAUCCUUUAUUAUACAAAUGUUCUUUCAGAACUCGCCUUCAUUUUACAUAUGAUAACCGAAAUUCCAAGAUGCCAUCUAUUAUUAAAAUUCAUACUUUAGUAGAGAGUCUGAAGCUUUCUCUCACAGACCAGCAGCUGCCCAUGUUCAUCCGUCUCAUGCAGCUGGGGAUUGCUCUCUACUAUGGAGAAAUCGGUGAUUUUAAAGAUGGUGAAACCGAGGACCCUGCCUGUCACAGCAAAGACGCAUUAGGAAGCCUUGCAGGUACUGAAGAUGAGACAAGAAUAGAUAUGCAGUAUCCUGCUCAGUACAAAGGCCAAGAAUUCUAUUCCCAGGACUGUGAGGAGCCUCAGGGAUGGGUGUCCUGGGCCUGGUCGUUUGUUCCUGCCAUCGUGAGUUAUGAUGUUGGGGAAGAAGACUACCUUGGGAGUGACCCUGCAUCAACCAUGCAUCAACAGAAAGUGCAAACCCUGAAGGACCCCAUUGUUUCUGUUGGGUUUUACUGCACAAAGGCAACUGUGACUUUUAAACUCACUGAAAUGCAAGCUGAAAGUAGCUAUUAUAGCCCACAGAAAGUAAAGUCUAAGGAAGUUUUGUGCUGGGAACAAGAAGGAACUACAAUUGAGGCCCUUAUGAUGGGAGAGCCUUUCUUUGAUUGUCAGAUUGGAUUUGUAGGUUGCAGAGCCAUAUGCCUUAAAGGAAUUAUGGGCGUUAGAGAUUUUGAAGAGCAUAUGAACAGAAGUGAAGCUGAAGCCUGCUUCUUCAUUUGUGGUGAAAAUUUGAGUACAAAAGGUUUGACAUACCUUACAAAUUCAUUGUUUGAUUACCGAAGCCCAGAGAACAAUGGCACCCGUGCCGAGUUUAUCUUGGAUGCAGCUCACCAUAAGGAGACAUACACAAAAAUAGCUGGCAUGCAAAGGUUUGGUGCUUUCUACAUGGAUUACCUGUAUACAGUGGAGCACAGCAGGGGCAAAGGUCCAGCAAAUCAGCAAGACUUUCCUUCAGGGAAAAAUGAGGACUUGGGAAUAGUCCAAGAAAAGUCUACUAAAAGCCUUGUUAUAGGCCCUCUAGAUUUACGCUUGGACAGUAGUGCAGUGCAUCGGAUUUUGAAGAUGACCGUCUGUGCUUUGGAACAUGAAUAUGAGCCAUACAGCAGGCUGAAACCAGAAAGUAAGAAUGAAAAGGAAACAGUACUGAAUCCUGAGGAAGUGGCUUCUCUGGAGGAAUAUAUUCCCACUCGGCACACAAGCGUUACUCUUCUCAAAUGUACUUGCACGAUUUUCAUGGCAGAAUUCAAUUUGCUAGACCGCUUGCUUCCUGUCAUCAUGGGCGGAAAGAACUCAAGUAACUUCAUGAAUGCCACAAACUUCCAAUCACUUCGACCUUUGCCAUCCAUUCAGAUACUGGUGGAUAAAAUUAAUUUGGAGCAUUCUGUUCCAAUGUAUGCUGAGCAGUUGGUGCAUGUAGUCAGUGGCCUCCCUCAGCCUUCUGAUAGUCUGCUUCAUUAUUGCUAUGUCCACUGCUACCUCAAGGUGUUUGGUUUCCAGGCAGGACUGACAUCUUUGACUCACAGUGGAUCUUACUGCUUGCCUGUACCAAUUAUCCCCUCUUUCAGCACUGCCCUGUAUGGGAAACUUCUGAAACUCCCUGCUCUCUGGACCAAAAGAUCUCAGACUGUUGUAACUGAAGGUAUUUUUGAACUGCCAAAUCUCACAAUUCAAGCGACAAGAGCACAGACACUUUUGCUGCAAGCAAUAUAUCAGAGUUGGGCUCAUAUUGGAAAUAGCAGCUCUUCAACAGUGAAUGAAGCUUUGAUGAAUGAAGUCUUCCAAACUACAGGUGUGAAAGCUAAGAAUCCCCUGCCAACUCUUGAGGGCUCAAUCCAGAAUGCUGAGCUGAAGUACUGCAGCACAUCAUUGGUCAGAUGUGCCUCUGGGACCGUGGGAUCCAUAAAAAUCUGUGCCAAAGCCCCAGGUGACAAUGGAAAAGAAAAGUUGAUUCCUUUGCUUCAGGGCCCUUCUGACACUCGAGACCUUCACAGCACCAAGUGGCUUAAUGAGAGCAGAAAGCCGGAGUCACUCCUCGCCCCAGAUCUGAUCGCGUUCACCACUCAGGUCCCCCAGCACAUGGAUGACUGCCACCUCUCCGGUGCUGUGUUUCUUUGUAGUGUACAAGGAUUAGCAGUUAACAUUGACCCAGUAUUGUAUACAUGGCUCCUCUAUCAACCGCAGAAAAGGACAAACAGACAUAUGCAGCAGCAGCCUGUGGUAGCAGUUCCUCUUGUUCCUGCAGUGAGCAGGAGGAAAGAAGAGGAGCUCUCUGCUGGAAGUGCCCCAUUGGCAAAGCAGCAGUCAUAUCAAGCCUCAGAAUAUGCCAGCAGCCCUAUCAAAACAAAAACAGUCACAGAAAUUCAUUAA